AGGACUGCUUCUUCCAUAAAUCCCAUCGGAAGCCAUCCAUCCAUCCAACUGGACAGCCAACAAACAUGGCCACUCGGAUAGUCCGAUAUACUUCCAAACCACACAGGGGAUUCUUGCAGGUUUGUGCUGAAUGGCAACUCAUCACUGCGAUCUCCAUCACCACCGUCAUCCUAGCCCUCAACAUCUCACUACCCAACCUAUCCAACCCAUCCUCACAAUCAUUAUCGACCUAUCAGACCAGAAUACCAACGAUCCAGUAUCGGACCCCGAUCCCGAAAUUCAUCUAUCUCUCCUACCUCAAUCCGGUCAAUGGACUCUACUUCAAAGGGAACGAUGAUAUCUACUUUGUCUGCUUCUGGGCCUUGGUCUGGCUCACCCUCAGAGAACUCUCGAUCCAAUUCAUCUGGACUCCCGUCGGUGCUUGGUUCGGGCUCCGCAAAAAAUCUAGCAAACUCGUCCGAUUCGCCGAACAAGGUUGGACGUUAAGCUAUGCCACUGUCUUUUGGUCGAUCGGAGUGAAAACUCUGUCAGAAUAUCCUGAUCCGAUCUAUACCCUAAACAUCAGACAAUACUGGGCCGAUCAUCCUCGCGACUCUAUCCCAGGACUGACCAAGUUCUACUAUCUCUCCCAAGCGGCCUUUUGGAUACAACAAAUCAUCACCCUGAACCUUGAAAAACCUCGAAAAGAUCAUUACCAGAUGCUUGCCCAUCACCUGGUCGCUUGUCUAUUGGUCUGCUCAAGUUACGCAGUUAACUUCACUGGAAUUGGUUUGGCUAUUCACACCACCAUGGAUUUCUCGGACAUUCUACUAUGUAUGGCCAAGAUGUUGAAUUAUUUGGGAGGCGGAUGGGCGUGUGAUGGGAUGUUCACACUGUUUGUGCUUUCCUGGAUCGGCACCCGACACAUCGUGUUCCCGAAGAUCAUCUGGUCGAUCUAUGCCGAAUUGCCGUCAGACAUUCCCUGGAUCUGGGAUCCUCCUGAGGGCCGCUUUGCGGCUACUUCCUUCUGGAUCGGCUUCUUGGUCCUGCUGUGUUUCUUGGAAUUGCUCUUGAUAUUUUGGUUGUGGUUGAUCCUGAGGAUCAUGUGGGGCGUCAUUGUUGGUAAUGGGGCUGAGGACGAACGAUCUGAUAUCGACGAAAACGAAAUCGAAGUACGAGAUAUUAUGGAAAAUGAUGAACAUAAGGAUGAUUCGAUCGAAGACGAAAAGAAACCGCUGUUAAUUAACACCCCUCAAUUAGAAUCAUUGGGUGAAAAGUUGCCUCGUUGCGAAAACGAUGAGGAUCGUCUCAAACAAAAAUGAAAACCGGAUUCAUUCUUUCGUUUUUAUUUUUAUUUACGUUUUCUUGAAAAAAAAAAGUUUAGGAAACAAAGAAACAAUCCAAUGGUGGAAAAAAACUCUUGAAAUUAUAUAGAAUAUAUAUCUUCUAAAAACACACACUUCCAAAAACCUUAUAUCUGCAAUCUUUUUUUUUUGUUUUGUUUCAUUCUUUGUUCCUUUCCUUAAUUUCACUCAUAAGAAAUUGUUGAUACCUUUCCUUGAAGUUAUACAGUCACCCAUCUCUCCUCCUACCGUGUUAGUAUAACAAGUCAAGAUAGAUAUAUAUGCAUAUAUCUCCGCAUUUACAUAUACAGUCGAUCUCUGUGCUUUCUGCUUUCGAACUCCCAGUUAUUUAUGUUAAUUUCAAUACCCAGUCUACAAUCAAAUACUUGUGGAUUUUUUUUUGAUCAUCUUAUUAUCAGUGUGAUUAAUAAUCCAGUAUUCGUUGCUGGGU